AUGAUCGUGCUGAUGUGGAAUAAGUGCUCCUGCUGUCUCCUCUUACUAGCCGCGGUCCUGAUCGUGGAGAGCUCCCAGCUAGACAGCUCCAGCUCCAAGGUGAACUCCAUCAAGUCCACCCUGAUGGGGGAGGCUCCAACUCAGGCAACCAACAGAUCUGCAGGCAUCCACCAGGGACUGAUGCUUGCUAGCAGUAAGAAGGGCAAAAUGCUAGAGCAGAUGGGAAAACCUCCCAAGCACUAUCACCGGCAAGGAGAGGCCUAUCCUUGCACUAAUGACAAGGAAUGCGAAGUUGGGCGGUACUGCCACAGCCCUCACCAAGCCACGUCUGCGUGCAUGCUGUGCCGGAGGAAGAAGAAGCGCUGCCACCGGGACGGGAUGUGCUGCCCCGGGAACCGCUGCAACAACGGUAUUUGCAUACCAAUGACUGAAAGCAUCCUUACUCCUCACAUCCCUGCUCUAGAAGGGCCACGCAACAAGAAGAAUGGCCAUUAUGCGAGCAAGGAUUUGGGAUGGCACAACCUGGGGAGACCCCGAUCCAAGCUGUCACACAUAAAGGGACACGAAGGCGAUCCCUGCCUACGGUCAUCAGACUGCAUUGAGGGACACUGCUGUGCUCGCCACUUCUGGACCAAAAUUUGUAAGCCUGUGUUGCAUCAGGGGGAGGUGUGCACCAAACAGCGCAAGAAAGGGUCCCAUGGACUGGAGAUUUUCCAACGAUGUGACUGUGCCAAGGGCUUGUCUUGUAAAGUAUGGAAAGAUGCCACCUCCUCUUCUAAAUCAAGACUUCAUGUGUGCCAGAAGAUCUGAAUGAGGAUUGGGAAGAUAUUAACUGACUGUGGCUUUAUGUGCUUAAUGCAUUAUGGCAUGGCGGAAAAAGGGGACUGCAAAUGAAAGUGGAAUGCUAAAGUAUCAAUUAGAGUGUGAGUAGAAGUCACAUCAAAUGCAUUUCUUUUUGAGCUGGUGGUAAACACAAAUGUAGUUGGAGUUCACCUACCACGCAGUUCUCCUGUAAAUAAUUCUACAGUUUCUGGGGAAUGCUAGUAUGCAGACAAGUAGAGUGGAAAUGAAUGUCACUUACCUUGCUGUGUUGUCCCAUGAUGUUUCAGGGGUUCAGUGUUAGGGCUACAGUGGGUCUACAGCGAGGUAAGGAUUUUCUACAGAAAUUGUAUACAUUGUACUCCUAUAGGAAGCAGUGCAUGCCAGGAAGACUCAUCUGUCAACACAUCACUGCAGGUGUGAGAAAUGGAAAUAAAGUUACUGUGAAUGUCUACAUGCCCUCAUUAUUCAGGGCUGACAUUCAGCAAGGAAGCACUCCUGCAGGACAAGAGUGCUAUGUUUUGUGGGCCCUUAUGAAGGAGGUGAAAACUGGCCAUCCCAAAAUUUCAAGAGAGCAGCAGUUUAUCUUAGAGGAGGCAUUUAAACAGAGUUUUGUUUCCUAUACAUGGGUAAAUUGAAAUGUUUAUGUAGUUCAAUGUCAUAGUAAGGCACUUAAUUGCUUGUAUUUUUCUCAGUUUACUUCUAAUAUACAUUGGGUUGAACAGAUGAAGCAAAUAUGUGUGCAUGCUGAAUCCAGAAUUAUAUACAGGCAGUUCCUCAUUAGUCCUAAAUAUACUUUCCUUGCCUAAGCAUUCUUGCAUUAUAGACAUUUCCAAAAGAAAUAGCAGAGUGUUGAAGUGCUUAACACGAAGAGCUUUGAAGUUGUUUCUCUAUUGCUGUUAUAAUAUAUUCAACACCUCAACGUUUGUUGAAAUCUUUCAAGCAUAGUGCUACAAACUCAAAUUUUACAUCUUAUGGCACUCUGCAGCAGUAUAAUGGAUUUGUUCUCAAGACAGCAGAGAAGGAGUUGAGUCUUGUGAGUAUCUCCUCUCCUGCAGAAGAGGAUGUAAGAAGAUGGCAUGAUUUGUUAAACAUCGUGUGAUGUCACAGCAUACCAGCCUCCAGCAUGUAUUCAGCCUGAGAACUGGUGUCCUCUCACUCUGGAGUGUUCUUCCAGGAAUGACAGAAAUACAUAGACUGUGGAAACAGCUGCCAACCCUACGUUGUUUGUGUAUUGGUUAGAAUAAGGACAGCCUCUCUCCCAUGACUUGUCUCCCAGCUCUUUUCAAACCUAUAAAGUUUUACUUAUUUUCAAAUAUUCCUUUGUAUAAACUUUGGUAAAGAGACUGAUAUUAUUUUAAAGAAGUUCAAUUCUGUAAGUGACCUACUGCUAUGUUGUAAUUACCCAUUUAUGAUUACCCAUUUUCAUGUUCUAUGGUACAAAGAUAAAAAGAUACUUUUCUGUUUAUUCAGUUCUGCACAACAUGGGUAGGCCAGUGUGUAGUUUUACUUUGAAGACCACAUUGCCAUUACCUGAUAUAUUUUUCCACCAGUGAGAUACUUUAAAGUUUUAGCUUGGCUACACUGCUUGAUUCAGCCUUCCUAAUUAGAAAACAGACCUCAUCUUCAUUGCCCUAAUCUUUCAUAAGAGUCUAAAGCAGAAGAGUAUUUCACACACCUCCUUCCCUACUAGAAAUAACUCUUCUUACUCCAGCAUUUUCCAAUGUCACUGAAACAGAAAUAAGGUUCAGGAAUUGCAAAAUACUAUAAAAGUCCAGGAACCAAUUUUACAAGUUUUAUUUACACUGACACAGCACAUACUCAGAAGAGGAACUCAAGUGUUCUCAUUGCUCAAGUGCUCGCUACAUAUAAAAGAAAAUGAGCAAGGGGGUUGCAGAAAUGGGGUCCCAGCAUUUUUCAGCUCUUCUUAUUUGGCCUACCCGCCAUUUUGCUCUUGCAAAACGCAGUUAUUUGUAAUAAUUUAUUUACAGGAAAUGUUUAAUGAGAUGUAUUUUCUUAUAGAGAUAUUUCUUACACAAAGCUUUGUAGCAAAAUAUAUUUGCAGCCUGUUGAAUUUAAUGUAGAAAAAAUGUAUAAUAAGAUUAAAUAUAUUAAAUUUCUUUUCACAUUCCACCCCAAGUAUGUUACCCAUAUUCUUUUUCCUUACUUGCUACUUAAGAAGAGUAGUUAUUUACAGAAAGACAUGCAAAUCAAUUGAGAAAACAAUCUUGUAUCUUAGCUAUGCAAGUAAAAACAUCUGAUUG